CAGCUCCUCCUGUCGUCACUACUCUACCCCGAGCUAGGGUACCCAGGGACGCUGGUGUCCGAGCCCUCACCCAGAGGAUUCGGAACAUCGUCCGCUUAGCUCGUGGCAGAGGGCCCGUCAGUCGGGAGGGCUUACUCCGUCAGAUUUCUCGGGCUACCUUUCAGUUACGACGACAGACUGCGAGGAGACUCUACAGUUGGCAGAGGGGGGAGACACCCCAGCAGCCUGCAGCUCCAGUAGUCAGACCACCGGUAGU